AUGAGACGUGAUGAGACCCUAUUUUUAAGGCGAUGCGUGGAUGAAUUCUGGGAGUGGACACCCACAUUCCACAUUAAGGAAAAACCCAUUUUUCCCACGGGCGGCAGGUACCGCCCGACACACCCCCACCUGAACCCCCGAGGGUCCACCACCUCCGCCCCCAAAGGGCCUCCACCAAAUCCUCCCCCACCGCCUCCCCCAGACUCCAAAAUUAUUGCUUGGCCACUUAAGUUUAUUAGUUGGUCCUACAUAACUGGUACUUAUUCCUCCUCCACUGCCACCUGCGGAACCUCUUCCAAACGAACCUCCCCCGAAGGAUCCACCUCCUCCGAAGCUAUUGGUUGGUCCUCCGUAGGAGCGGCUGAUGCCGCCAGAGGAUCCUCCGCCACAGCCUCCGCCGAGGGGAGCUGCUUCUCGUCAAGAAAUGUUACCAUAGUGAGUAUGAGAGGUGAUACUGUGUCAGUGCCAGAGAGGAAACCUUUUAUACAACUUCACUUCCGUGUCAGGUUAUUUCCGGGGGGUGGCAGGAAAACUCCCAGACCACCGCCGCCUAACCUCAGAAAGAACCCACCCCCGCCGCCAAAGGAUCCUCCUAAAAAGGAGCCUCCACCAAAUCCUCCCCCACUCCUCCGCCAGACCCUCCGAAGAACCGGUCAACCGGGAUGCAGUUUUUUCCCGGGGGUGGAGGUAACUGCCAGACACACCCCCCGCCUGAACCUCCGAAAGAACCGCCACCUCCGCCCCAAAGGAUCCCCCUCCAAAGAGCCUCCACCAAAUCCUCCCCCACCGCCUUCCGCCAGAGCCUCCAAAGUUAUUGCUUGGGCCCGGGCGGCUGAUGCCCCCAAGGCCCCACCCCCAGCCUCCGCCGAGGCAACUGCUGUAGGCGAACCGACGACAAGCCCCAACACCACCAGCACACUCCCUUCCCCGAAAGCAGAAUGGAUCUUUGGAAGUUUAAUUUAA